UGUCUUGUGUCUUCAGCAGACAACAGAGUGGGAUCAUAACAUGCACAAGCACAGACUGUGUAACCUGCUCCUACUAUAUGUGUUACUAGGAGGCAGCGGGAAGCUGUGCUUUGCUGGGGACUUCUGCAGCUGGAAAGGAAGUGGUCUCAGUUGGGACUCUCAUUCCCGUGCUGUGGAACAAGUAAAUCUUCGGUGUACAGAAGGUUCAUUGGAAUGGAUGUACCCAACUCGAGCCUUGCGUGUUAUUCUUGAGCCCAACUUGGUCAUCAGCAAGCAUAACAUUGUCUGCAUUAAGCCUUACUCACAAUUUCAAGGUGCCAAUAUAUAUGUGGAGAAGAGUAGAGCGCUGCAUCUCCUGGUCAGUGAGGGUGAUCUAGUGCCAAAGGUGCAUUGCUUUGGCACUGAAAGUUUUCAGAGAACAUCUCUGUUCCUGCAGGCCAGUCCCCAGAAGGACUUAGGCAGGAGAACAGCAGGGUUUCAAUAUAAGCUUCUCAAGAACCACGGUUCAGGACCUAUAUUCCAAAAAUUCAGACUAGGAGAAGAUGCCUGCCGACCAUGUGACAAUGAUGCAGUUCUCAUGGCCGUUUGCAGAAGUGAUUUUGUGGUAAGAGGUUCAAUCAAGAGUGUCACCCAUGACAAAGAAUCCAAUAUAUCCUGGGUGGACAUCAAUGCUGUAAGAGUUUACAGGCAGAGAAAGAGCAUAUUUCAGCCAGACACCUCUACUGGUACAUGGACUGGACCCAUCAGAACUUUACUGCAGUGUGGAGUCAAGAAAGGAGAGGGUAACUUUCUGUUCACUGGCAGCGAACAUUUUGGAGAUGCGUGGCUGGGAUGUGCCCCUCGUUAUAAAGACUUCCUACAAAUCUACCAGACAGCCAAAAAGCUAAAAGUUAACCCUUGUGAUUUCCAGACAUGAACAGGAAAUGAUGCCUUCGAACUAGACCUUUCAUUUAAUAAAUCACAAAUAGGAUGUGAUUUAGUCAUACCCAGGACAAUAGAAAAGUUUACACCUUAUGGACCAAAUAAAGUUGUUUGUUUUUUAAUAA